AUGGCGGCCCCGGACAAGCGUCAUGACUUCCUGGAGAGCUUCGCCACGCCGCUGCUGCGGCUGAAGCCGGACAAGUGGCCCAAGUUCGUGGGCAGCGAGGAGGCGGCGGCCGCCCUCACCGAGUUCUUCGAGAAGCCGGACGCGCUGGAGCUGGUGCUGGCGCUGAGCCCCGCCGGGCAGCUGCAGCCCGCCGUCUGCUUCCCGGCCGCCCUCAGGGGCAAAGGCGUCUACUUCGUCAAGAGGAAGCGGGAGAACAUCACCCGCGAGAACUGCGAGGCCGCGCUGCUGGUGGGCGACCUCAGCCCGGCGCCCGUGGAGCAGCUCGUGGCCGUGGUGGAGGAGGUGCUCUACCCGCUGCUCCUGCGCCAGGAGAACGUGGCGGGGUGGCCGCGGGUGGUGGUGGACGACGUGGUGCGCCAAGCCCGCCGGCUGAAGAACGAGAUGUUUGUCAUGGGCGGGAAGAUCAAGGGGAAGCCCUUGCUCCCGCUGCCGGAGCACCUGGAGAGCGUGGCCGGCUCCGGCACCGCCCUGGACAGCCCGGCCGCGGCCGCCGACAGCUCCCUGCUGCACUCCAUCGAGACCAUCAUCAUCGACUGGUCCCACCAGAUCAGGGACGUGCUGAGCAAGGACUCGGCGCAGCCGCUGCUGGAGGGGCUGCACUCGCUGCCCCGCGCGGAGUUCGACUUCUGGCGCAGGCGGCUGGAGAACCUGCAGUGCAUCAACGAGCAGCUGCUCUCGCCCCACGUCUCCGCCAUAGCCGACAUCCUGCGGAAGGCCGAUAGCUGCUACUGGCCCGCUCUGGAGGCCGCGUUCGGCGACGUGGCCGCGGGUCUGGAGGAAGCCCACGACAUCUGCCUUCACCUGCGACCACUGCAGAUCCUGCUGGAGGACAUGGAGCAAACCGACUACGGCCAGCUGCAGCCGUGCAUCGAGCGGGCGCUCUACGCGCUCUGCCUCGCCUGGGCUCGCUCCCGGCACUACAACACGCCCUCCAGGGUCAUCGUCAUCCUGCGGGAGAUCUGCAACCUCCUCAUCGAGAUGACCCGCAACUUCCUGAGCCCCGAGGAAGUGAUGAAAGGCUUGCAGGGAGAGAUCGAGGAGACCUUGGGAGGGAUCAAGCUGAGCGUGGCCACCGUGGAGCGGCUCCGGCGCUGCUACAGCGCCUGCCGCUCCGAGCUGAUGCCGGCGUUCUUCGACGGCGAGGAGCCGCAGCCCUGGGAGUUCCCCCCGGCGCUCGCCUUCGGGAGGUUGGACACCUUCCUGCACCGGCUGAGGACCAUCGAGGUGGAGCUGUACGAGACGGCUAUAGAGUUUCUGAAGCUGGAGAAGGUCGAGCUGGGAGGAGUGAGAGGAAACAUCUUCGGCAGCCAGGUCUUCCAGAUCUACGAGGAGGUCUCCGAACUCGUCAAGGGUUUUGCCGACUGCAAAUACGAUCCCUUAGAUCCCGCAGAAGAGCAAUUGAAUAAAGAUUUUGCAGAGUUCCAGACCAAGAUUCAGGAUUUCGAUAGGCGCCUGACGACCAUCUUUUGCCAAGGGUUCGAUGACUGCAACAGCAUGGCAUCUGCUGUCAAGUUGGUGCACAUGUUCUCAUCGCUGUUGGAACGACCUUUGAUAAAGGCAGAAGUUUCCCCCUAUUACUCAGCCCUGCUGGAAAUGUUUAACACUGAACUGGAUAAUGCAAAGAUAAUGUACGACGCCCAGAUAGCGUCCACGAAGUCAACGGGGGGUAUCCCGCCCAUCAACAAAAACAUGCCGCCCGUAGCCGGGCAGCUGAAAUGGGCGCUGGAGCUCCAGGAGAGACUGGAGGGGCCGAGGAAGGACCUGUUCGCCAUCGACCACCCCGUCAUGGCCAGUGCUGAAGCUCAGCUGGUGUUGGGGAAAUACGACGAGAUGAUAGAGCUGCUGCGAGGUUACCGUGAGAAGACCUACGCGGAGUGGAUAAGCAGAGUAGACCAAGACUGCCAGUUCAACCUGGAGCAGCCCUUGAUCCUGAGAGAUCCUGAUUCGUCCCUCAUCAGCGUGAACUUCAGCAAAGAGCUCGUUGCGGUUCUACGGGAAGUCAAGUACUUGAACUUCCAGAACCAGAAGGAUAUCCCUGGCAGUGCGGAGAGUGUCUUUGCUCAGAACGAGAUGUUCCGAAAGUUUGUGGACAACCUGGACCUCAUUGUCGGCUGGUACAAUAAGAUCUGCCUGACGGUGCUGUCGGUGGAGCUCCCACUGAUCACCGGGGAGCUGGAGGCCAUAGACGGCCAGCUGGAGAAGGCAGAGCGGACCUUGUUUUGGCACCACGAAGGUGUCAUGGAGUACAUUCAAGAGAUGAGAGAUAUCCUGUAUAAUUUAGAGACCAGAAUCCAGAAAGCAAAGCUAAACGUGGAAAAUGUCACCCACCUUAUGGAGGAGUGCUCAGCCAGUCCCUUGUUUGAAAGAAAAGACAAUAAGGAGACAGCGCUCUUGGACCUGGAUGGGAAAACGAAUCACUUAGACAAGCGCUACGCUGCCAUUAGGGAUGUAGGCAUAAAGAUUCAGGAUAUGGUGAUGGAAAACGCAGACCUGUUUAAGGCUGAUAAAUCGUCAGAGAAAUGGCUGAACUAUGUAGAAUAUAUAGAUGAAAUAAUAUUAGAUGGAUUCUUCAAACUUAUUCACAAAUCUUUACAGUUCCUGCUCAGCAACAUGGUCCCUGAUGUCAGCGUGGCCCCCUUGUUCGAGGCACACAUGGAGCUGUACGACGACCAAGUGAGACACCGUCCACUGAUGGAGGUGGGAGAAGACAACAGUUUCUUCGAGCUGGUGGAAAACCUGCUGAAGGAUAUCUACAAGUCUGCGAAAUUCAUCCCUCGGCUGGUGGAGGGAAAGCUGAACUACAAGACUGACCUGGAGGACAUGGCAGACCUCAGCGAGAUGCGGGAGGAGGUCAUUUCCUUGGUUGUCAGCGUCAUGAAGCAAGCGAGCGAGUACGAGGCCACCUUUGAGACCUAUUCCUACCUGUGGCUGGAUGACCCCCAGGAGUUCCUGCAGCGGUUCCUCACCUUCGGCCGUGCCCUCACCCCUGAUGAGCUGGAGUCACAUGCGGAGGAAUACCUGCCCCACGUGCCCCCAACUCUUGGGCAGUUCCAGCAGCAGAUCGACUCCUACGAAAAGCUGUACGAGGAGGUGUCCAGGUUUGAGAACAGCAAGGUCUUUGACGGCUGGCUGCAGAGCGACUGCCGCCCCUUCAAGCAGGCGCUCCUCAACAUCAUCAAGCACUGGAGCUUCAUGCUCAAGCAGCACCUCAGUGACCAUGUCACCACCAGUCUCCAGGAGCUAGAAAAUUUCAUGAAAGAAGCAAACGCUGGCUUGACUAAACCUCUCAAAGAGGGAGAUUAUGAUGGGCUAGUGGAGGUGAUGGGACAUUUGAUGAGGGUCAAAGACAGGCAGGCAACUACAGACAGCAUGUUCGAGCCCCUGAAGGAAACAAUCGCACUGCUGAAGACGUACGGGGAAGAAAUGCCUGAGGAAAUCCACCAGCAGCUCCACGACCUGCCCGAGCAGUGGAACAACACCAAGAAGCUCUCCUUCCAGGUGAAGCAGAACGUGGCGCCCCUGCAAGCCAACGAGGUCAACAUCCUCCGCAGGAAAUGCCAGCAGUUCGAGGUCCGGCAGCAAGGAUUCAGGGAGAAGUUCCGGGAAAACGCACCCUUUUCCUACACCGACCCGGACCCGUACAAGUCUCUGAACAAGCAACAGAAGAGCAUCGCCGCGCUGGAGAGCGACAUGGCAGCCCUGUCCACGUCGGCAGGGCUGUUUGAAGUGUCUGUCCCCGACUACAAGCAGCUCAAAGCCUGCCACAAGGAAGUGCGUUUGCUCAAGGAGCUCUGGGACAUGAUCGUCCUGGUUAACACCAGCAUUGAUGACUGGAAGACGACCAGAUGGAAGGAUAUUAAUGUCGAGCAGAUGGAUAUCGAUUCUAAGAAGUUUGCUAAAGACAUUCGGAGCUUGGAUAAGGAGAUGAGAAGCUGGGAUGCGUUCACAGGGCUGGACAACAGCGUGAAGAACAUGAUCACGUCCCUGCGCGCGGUGAACGAGCUGCAGAACCCGGCCAUCAGGGACCGGCACUGGCAUGAGCUCAUGCAGGCAGCCAAGGUGAACUUCACCAUGUCUGAGGACACGACCCUCGCCGACCUGCUGCAGCUGAACCUGCACAAGUUUGAGGAUGAGGUUCGCAGCAUCGUGGACAAAGCCGUGAAAGAGUCGGGCAUGGAGAAGGUGCUGAAGGCCCUGGACACUACCUGGUCGACGAUGCAGUUCGAGCACGAGCCCCACACCAGGACCGGCACCAUGCUUCUCAAGUCGGAUGAAGCUCUCAUCGAGACACUGGAAGACAACCAAGUGCAGCUGCAGAACCUGAUGACUUCCAAGUACCUAGCUUUCUUCCUUCAGGAGGUGUCCAGCUGGCAGCAGAAGCUGUCUACCACUGACUCUGUCAUAAGCAUCUGGUUUGAGGUGCAGCGAACAUGGAGUCACCUGGAGAGCAUCUUCAUCGGCUCUGAAGACAUCCGCAAUCAGCUGCCGGAAGACUCCAAGCGUUUUGACUCUAUUGAUAAAGAUUUCAAAGAAUUAAUGGCAGAUGCAGUGAAAACUCCCAAUGUAAUUGAAGCAACAAAUAAACCGGGUCUCUAUGACAAGUUAGAAGCUUUGCAGAAAAGAUUGGCACUUUGUGAGAAGGCUUUAGCCGAAUACCUAGAGACAAAACGCUUGGCUUUUCCCCGAUUCUACUUUGUUUCUUCUGCAGACCUGCUUGACAUUUUAUCUAAUGGAAAUGAGCCCGUUGAGGUGUCCCGUCACCUCUCGAAGCUGUUCGAUAGUCUCGCUAAACUGAAGUUCAAAAUGAGUCCGGACAACAAGCCCCUGAAGAUCGGCCUGGGGAUGUUCAGCAAGGAGGAGGAGUACGUGGAUCUGGACAAGGAAUGCGACUUAUCCGGGCAGGUGGAGAUCUGGCUAAACCGCGUCCUGGAGAGGAUGUGCUCCACGCUCCGGCACCUCAUCCCCGAGGCGGUGGUGACCUACGAGGAGAAACCGCGGGAGCAGUGGGUGUUCGACUACCCGGCGCAGAUUGCUCUGACAUGCACCCAGAUCUGGUGGACUACAGAAGUUGGCAUUGCCUUUUCAAGACUGGAGGAAGGAUAUGAAAAUGCAAUUAAAGAUUAUAACAAAAAGCAGAUUAAUCAGUUGAAUGCACUGAUUUCACUGCUCCUUGGAAACUUAUCUGCAGGGGACCGAAUGAAGAUCAUGACAAUCUGUACCAUAGAUGUGCAUGCCAGGGACGUUGUGGCUAAAAUGAUCCUUGCAAAGGUGGAGAGCUCGCAGGCGUUCACCUGGCAGUCGCAGCUGCGGCACCGCUGGGACGAGGAGCGGAAGCACUGCUACGCCAACAUCUGCGACGCCCAGCUGCAGUACUCCUACGAGUACCUGGGCAACACCCCGCGGCUGGUCAUCACCCCGCUGACCGACCGGUGCUACAUCACCCUGACGCAGUCCCUGCACCUUAUCAUGGGGGGGGCCCCCGCCGGCCCCGCCGGCACCGGCAAGACCGAGACCACCAAGGACCUCGGCCGCGCCGUGGGCAUGAUGGUUUACGUCUUCAACUGCUCCGAGCAGAUGGACUACAAGUCCUGCGGCAACAUCUACAAAGGGCUCGCUCAGACCGGCGCCUGGGGCUGCUUCGACGAGUUCAACCGCAUCGCGGUGGAGGUGCUCUCCGUGAUCGCUGUGCAGGUGAAAUGUGUUCAGGACGCAAUCCGUGCCAAAAAGAAGAAGUUCAGUUUUCUGGGAGAGAUGAUAUCUCUGAUCCCGUCGGUCGGGCUGUUCAUCACGAUGAAUCCCGGCUAUGCAGGACGGACCGAACUGCCGGAGAAUCUAAAAGCUCUGUUCAGACCCUGCGCCAUGGUCGUCCCGGAUUUUGAACUUAUCUGUGAAAUCAUGCUUGUUGCAGAAGGUUUUAUUGAUGCUAAGCUCCUAGCAAGAAAGUUCAUUACUCUAUAUACGCUGUGCAAAGAGCUACUGUCUAAACAGGACCAUUAUGACUGGGGUUUGCGGGCCAUCAAGUCCGUGCUGGUGGUAGCAGGCUCCUUGAAGAGAGGGGACCCUGGCCGUGCUGAGGACCAAGUCCUCAUGAGAGCUUUACGAGACUUUAACAUUCCCAAGAUCGUGACAGACGACUUGCCCGUGUUCAUGGGGCUGAUUGGAGACCUUUUCCCAGCUCUGGACGUCCCCAGAAAGCGUGACCUGAACUUUGAGAAGAUCAUUAAGCAGUCCAUGCUGGAGCUGAAGCUGCAGGCAGAGGAGAGCUUUGUGCUGAAGGUGGUGCAGCUGGAGGAGCUGCUGCAAGUCAGGCACUCCGUGUUCGUCAUUGGCAACGCCGGCUGCGGCAAGUCCCAGGUGCUGAAAUCCCUCAACAAGACUUACCAGACCAUGAAGCGGAAGCCGGUCGCUGUGGAUCUGGACCCAAAAGCUGUAACCUGCGACGAGCUGUUUGGGAUUAUUCACCCAUCGACCCGCGAGUGGAAGGAUGGUCUGUUCUCCUCCACGAUGCGCGACCUGGCCAACAUCACCCAUAAGGGGCCCAAGUGGAUCAUCCUCGAUGGAGAUAUUGACCCCAUGUGGAUCGAGUCCCUGAACACGGUCAUGGAUGACAACAAAGUCCUCACCCUGGCCAGCAACGAGCGCAUCCCCCUCAACCCCACCAUGCGGCUGCUCUUCGAGAUCAGCCACCUGCGCACCGCCACGCCGGCGACCGUGUCCCGCGCGGGAAUCCUCUACAUCAACCCCGCCGACCUGGGCUGGAACCCCGUCGUCACCAGCUGGAUCGAGAAGAGGACGGUGCAGUCCGAGAAGGCCAAUCUGAUGAUCCUGUUCGAUAAGUACCUGCCUACGUGCCUCGACAAGCUCAAGUUCGGGUUCAAAAAAAUCACGCCGGUGCCGGAGAUCACGGUGAUCCAGACCACGCUGUACCUGCUGGAGUGCCUGCUGACGCCGCAGCACGCGCCGCCGGACUCCCCGCGGGAGCUCUACGAGCUCUACUUCGUGUUCGCCUGCGCCUGGGCCUUCGGGGGGGCCAUGUUCCACGACCAGCUGGUGGAUUACCGCGUGGAGUUCAGCAAGUGGUGGGUGAACGAGUUCAAAACCAUCAAGUUCCCUUCUCAGGGGACAAUUUUUGACUAUUACAUCGACCCAGAAACUAAGAAAUUCAUGCUCUGGACUGAAAAGGUGCCAAAAUUUGAACUUGAUCCAGAAGUCCCUUUACAGGCUUCCAUGGUGCACACGACCGAGACCGUCCGGAUCCGCUACUUCAUGGACCUGCUGAUGGAGAAGCAGUGGCCAGUGAUGCUGGUGGGGAAUGCGGGGACCGGGAAGUCGGUCAUGAUGGAGGACAAGCUGGAGGCGCUCAGCACGGAUGACUACCUGGUGCAGUCCGUGCCCUUCAACUUCUACACCACCUCGGCCAUGCUGCAGGCCAUUCUCGAGAAGCCCCUGGAGAAGAAGUCGGGGAGGAACUACGGCCCCCCUGGCACCCGGCGGCUCGUCUACUUCAUUGAUGACAUGAACAUGCCAGAGGUGGACAAGUACGGCACCGUGGCCCCGCACACACUCAUCCGGCAGCACAUGGACCAUGGGCACUGGUACGACAGGAACAAGCUGACCCUGAAGGACAUUCACAACUGCCAGUACGUGGCUUGCAUGAACCCCACCGCCGGGUCCUUCACCAUCGACCCGAGGCUGCAGCGACACUUCUGCGUCUUUGCGGUGAGCUUUCCCGGCCAAGAAGCGCUCCUGACCAUUUACAGCACCAUCCUCGCCCAGCACCUGGCUCAGCGCAAGAUGCCGCUGGCCGUCCAGAAGCUGCAGGCCCAGCUGGUCACGGCCGCGCUGGCCCUGCACCAGAAGGUCACGUCCACCUUCCUGCCGACCGCCAUCAAGUUCCACUACCUCUUCAACCUCCGCGACCUCUCCAACAUUUUCCAGGGGCUGCUCUUCUCCACGCCCGAGUGCCUCCGCGCUCCCCUGGACUUGGUGCGCCUCUGGCUGCACGAAGCCGGGCGGGUGUACGGGGACAAGCUCAUUGACGACAAGGACCAGGAGAGCUUCGGACGCAUUCUAGCCGCCACCUGCAAAAAAUUCUUCGAUGACCUCAGGGAAGACCAGAUGUUCGCCAAGCCCAACAUCUACUGCCACUUCGCCCAGGGCAUUGGGGAGCCCAAGUACCUGCCGGUGCCAAACUGGCCAUCUCUGAACAAGCUGCUGGGGGAAGCCCUAGACAGCUACAAUGAGGUCAACGCGGUGAUGAACCUGGUGCUGUUUGAAGAUGCCGUGUCCCAUAUUUGCAGAAUUAGUCGGAUCUUAGAGUCCCCCCGAGGCAAUGCGCUGCUGGUGGGAGUCGGAGGCAGUGGGAAGCAGAGUCUUUCACGGCUGGCAGCCUAUAUUAGCGCUCUGGACGUGUUUCAGAUUACACUGAAGAAGGGAUAUGGCAUUCCAGACCUUAAGCUGGACCUCGCCUCCCAGUACAUCAAGGCCGCCGUGAAGAACACCCCCACCGUCUUCCUGAUGACUGACUCCCAGGUCGCCGAAGAACAGUUCCUGGUCCUCAUCAAUGACUUCCUGGCAUCUGGAGAGAUCCCAGGGCUUUUUCAGGAUGAUGACCUGGAAAAUAUUAUGAACUCCAUGAGGCCACAAGUGAAGUUCCUUGGAUUGCAAGACUCAAGAGAAAACUGCUGGAAACUAUUUAUAGAAAAAGUCAGGCGACAGUUAAAGGUGAUCCUCUGCUUCUCGCCCGUGGGCUCCACGCUGCGGGUGCGCGCCCGCAAGUUCCCGGCCGUGGUGAGCUGCACCGCCAUCGACUGGUUCCACGAGUGGCCGGAGGACGCGCUCGUCUCCGUCAGCAGCAGGUUCCUGGAGGAGACAGGGGGCAUCGAGCCAGAGAUCAAGGCCUCCAUCAGCCAGUUCAUGUCCUUCGUCCACACGAGCGUUAACGAGAUGUCCAAGACCUACCUGGCCAUGGAGAGACGCUAUAAUUAUACCACACCAAAAACCUUUCUGGAGCAGAUAAAGCUUUACCAAAAUCUGCUAUCCAAAAAAAGGCAAGAACUCAUCGCAAAGAUCGACCGGCUGGAGAACGGCCUGAUGAAGCUGCAGAGCACAGCGUCCCAGGUCGACGACCUGAAGGCCAAACUGGCAAUCCAGGAGGCAGAGCUGAAGCAGAAGAAUGAGGAUGCGGAUAAGCUGAUCCACGUGGUGGGCAUCGAAACGGAGAAAGUCAGCAAGGAGAAAGCCAUUGCUGACGAGGAGGAGCUGAAGGUCCAGGUCAUCAACACGAACGUGGCAGAGAAACAGCGCGCCUGCGAGACCGACCUGGCGAAAGCGGAGCCCGCGCUCGUCGCUGCCCAGGAGGCCCUCAACACCCUCAACAAGAACAACCUGACGGAGCUGAAGUCCUUUGGGUCCCCCCCACAAGCGGUGGUGAAUGUCACGGCAGCCGUGAUGAUCCUGACAGCGCCGGGGGGCAGGAUACCAAAGGAUAAAAGCUGGAAGGCAGCAAAAAUCAUGAUGGGAAAAGUAGACACCUUCCUGGAUGCAUUAAAGAAGUUCGACAAGGAGCACAUCCCCGAAGCGUGCCUCAAAGCGUUCAAGCCCUAUCAGUCAGACCCGAAUUUUGACCCCGAGUCUAUACUGUCGAAGUCGACAGCCGCAGCAGGUCUGUGCUCCUGGUGUUUGAACAUCGUUCGCUUCUACGAGGUCUACUGCGACGUCGCGCCCAAGAGGCAGGCGCUCGAGGAGGCCAACGCGGAGCUGGCAGAGGCGCAAGACAAACUCGCUCGUAUUAAGAACAAAAUUGCAGAUCUGAAUGCCAAUUUGGCAACUCUCACGGCGGAAUUUGAGAAAGCUACAGCUGAAAAAAUCAAAUGUCAGCAAGAGGCUGAUGCCACAAACAGAGUCAUCACAUUAGCAAACAGGCUCGUCGGGGGGCUGGCCUCCGAAAACGUCCGCUGGGCCGAGUCCGUGGAGACCUUCCAGGCGCAGGAGAAGACUCUGUGCGGGGACGUGCUGCUGAUCUCUGCCUUCGUGUCCUACGUCGGCUACUUCACCAAGAAGUACCGUGCCGAGCUGAUCGACAAGCACUGGAUCCCCUUCCUCGGGGGGCUCAAGGUGCCCAUCCCCAUCACGCCGGAGCUGGACCCGCUGAGCCUGCUCACCGACGACGCCGAGGUGGCCGCCUGGAGCAACCAGGGGCUGCCCAGCGACCGCAUGUCCUCUGAGAACGCCACCAUCCUCUGCAACACCGAGCGCUGGCCGCUCAUCGUGGACGCCCAGCUCCAGGGCAUCAAGUGGAUCAAGAACAAAUACGGCGAGGAGCUGAAGGCCAUCCGGCUGGGGCAGCGCAACUACCUGGACACCAUCGAGCAGGCGGUCUCCGAGGGGCACACGCUGCUCAUCGAGAACAUCGGCGAGACCGUGGAGCCGGUGCUGGACCCCCUGCUGGGCAGGAACACCAUCAAGAAGGGGCGCUACAUUAAGAUAGGCGACAAAGAAGUGGAGUACCACCCGCGCUUCCGCCUCAUUCUGCACACCAAGUACUUCAACCCCCACUACAAGCCCGAGAUGCAGGCUCAGUGCACCUUGAUCAACUUCCUGGUGACCAGAGACGGGCUGGAGGACCAGCUGCUGGCGGCCGUGGUGGCCAAGGAGCGGCCGGACCUGGAGAGCCUGAAGGCGAAUCUCACAAAAAGCCAGAAUGAAUUUAAGAUCAAUCUCAAGGAGCUGGAGGACUCCCUGCUUGCCCGGCUCUCUGCUGCCUCGGGGGAUUUCCUGGGAGACACGGCGCUGGUGGAGAACCUGGAAACAACAAAGCGCACAGCCAUGGAAAUUGAGGAAAAAGUGAAAGAAGCUAAAAUCACUGAAGGCCAAAUAAACGUCACGAGAGAAAACUACAGGCCAGCAGCAGAAAGAGCCUCGCUGCUGUACUUCAUCCUGAGCGACCUCAACAAGAUCAACCCCAUCUACCAGUUCUCCCUGAAGGCCUUCAACGUGGUCUUCGAGAAGGCGAUCCAGCGCACGAGCCCCGCCGACGAUGUCAGGCAGCGGGUCAUCAACCUGACGGACGAGAUCACCUACUCGGUCUUCAUGUACACGGCACGGGGGCUCUUCGAGAGGGACAAGCUCAUCUUCCUGGCACAGGUUGCCUUCCAGGUGCUGACCAUGAAGAAGGAGGUGAACCCGGUGGAGCUGGACUUCCUCCUGCGCUUCCCGUUCAAGGCCGGCGUGGCGUCGCCCGUGGAUUUCCUGCAGUCCCAGGGCUGGGGCGGCAUCAAGGUCCUCUCGGAGAUGGACGAGUUCAAGAACCUGGACAGCGACAUCGAAGGUUCGGCAAAGCGAUGGAAGAAGUUUGUGGAGUCCGAGGCGCCCGAGAAGGAAGUGUUCCCGAAGGAGUGGAAGAACAAGACGUCCCUGCAGAAGCUGUGCAUGCUGCGGUGCAUGAGGCCGGACAGGAUGACCUACGCCGUCCGAAACUUCGUGGAAGAAAAGAUGGGAAGUAAGUUUGUGGAAGGGAGAAGCGUUGAAUUUUCUAAGUCGUACGAAGAGAGCAGCCCGUCCACAGCGAUAUUCUUCAUCCUCUCGCCUGGGGUUGACCCGCUGAAGGACGUGGAAGCCCUGGGGAGAAAGCUGAACUUCACCAUCGACAACGGGAAAAUCCAUAAUGUGUCGCUGGGGCAAGGCCAAGAGAUCGUGGCAGAAGAGGCCCUGGACGUGGCCUCGGUGCAAGGCCACUGGGUCAUCCUGCAGAAUAUCCAUCUGGUCGCAAGGUGGCUGAGCACACUGGAUAAAAAGGUGGAGCGAUACAGCACUGGCAGCCACGCAGAUUACAGGGUCUUCAUGAGCGCUGAGCCCGCCCCCAGCCCAGAAGCACACAUCAUUCCUCAAGGACUGCUGGAAAACGCUAUUAAAAUCACCAACGAGCCCCCAACCGGCAUGUACGCCAACCUGCACAAAGCGCUGGACCUCUUUACGCAGGACACUUUGGAGAUGUGCAGCAGAGAAAUUGAGUUCAAAUGCAUCUUGUUUGCACUCUGUUACUUCCAUGCGGUGGUGGCUGAACGGCGCAAAUUUGGAGCACAGGGAUGGAAUAGAUCUUACCCCUUCAAUAAUGGUGACUUGACCAUAUCAAUUAAUGUGCUGUAUAAUUACCUGGAAGCUAACCCAAAGGUACCAUGGGAUGAUCUCCGGUACCUUUUUGGUGAAAUUAUGUAUGGUGGACAUAUCACAGACGACUGGGAUCGCCGGUUAUGUCGCACUUACCUGAGUGAAUACAUCCGGGUAGAGAUGCUGGAAGGUGAAACGUACUUAGCUCCUGGGUUUCUGAUCCCUCCCAACUUGGAUUACAAGGGUUACCAUGAAUACAUUGAUGAGAACUUGCCACCAGAGAGCCCAUACUUGUAUGGCCUUCACCCCAACGCAGAAAUUGGCUUCCUGACUGUCACUUCAGACAAGCUUUUUCGGACAGUUUUAGAAAUGCAACCCAAAGAAUCAGAUACUGGAGGAGGCUCGGGCGUCUCCCGAGAGGAAAAGGUGAAGUCAGUCCUAGAUGAGAUCAUCGAGAAGCUACCAGAGCCAUUCAAUAUAGCAGAGAUCAUGGCAAAGGCAGUGGAUAAGACACCGUAUGUCGUGGUUGCCUUCCAGGAAUGUGAAAGAAUGAACAUCUUAACCCAUGAAAUCAGGCGCUCUUUGAAAGAAUUAAAUUUGGGACUGAAGGGAGAGCUAACAAUUACAUCAGAUAUGGAAGAGCUGGCAAAUGCUCUCUUCUAUGACAACGUACCCGAAUCCUGGACACAUUUUGCCUACCCAUCUCUUCUUGGCUUAGGAGCCUGGUAUGCAGACUUGCUGCUCCGGAUUAGGGAACUAGAAGUCUGGACAACGGACUUUGUGUUGCCUGCAACAGUGUGGCUAGCAGGAUUCUUUAAUCCUCAGUCUUUUCUCACUGCUAUCAUGCAGUCUAUGGCUAGAAAAAAUGAAUGGCCACUGGACAAGAUGUGUCUUUCAGUGGAAGUGACCAAGAAAAACCGUGAGGAUAUGACAGCUCCACCCAGAGAAGGCUCAUAUGUACAUGGACUAUUCAUGGAAGGUGCUCGAUGGGACAUCCCCUCUGGUGUUAUCGCAGAUGCUCGGUUGAAGGAGUUGACGCCUAUGAUGCCAGUCAUCUUCAUCAGAGCCAUCCCUGUGGACCGUAUGGACACCAAGAACAUCUAUGAAUGUCCUGUCUAUAAGACACGGAUGCGAGGUCCCACCUAUGUCUGGACCUUUAACCUGAAGACAAAAGAAAAGGCAGCUAAGUGGAUUCUUGCUGCUGUUGCUCUGCUCUUACAAAUCUAGACUUUUUUUUG